AUGGAAAUAACAGAUGUGUUAUCUGCACCUCAUUCUCUCUCUUUCGGCAACAGUUUGGUGUCUCCCAGCCAAGUGUUUGAAUUUGGAUUCUUCACGACGAAGAACUCGAGCAAUAAUUUUACAUAUCUAGGUAUCUGGUUCAAGAAUCUUGAUCGUUCUCCAAAACCCAUAUGGAUUGCCAACAGAAACAAUCCCAUUACUGGUAUGAUCGGAACCUUGGUGGUGAAAAAAGAUAGUAGAGUUUUACUUUAUAAUGGCUGUGGUAAUCAGGUUCAGGAUUCUAUAAUCUGGUUUAUAAACCCAAAAAGGAAAGCAAUCAGUCCGUCUUUGCAGCUUCUAGAUUCUGGAAAUCUGGUUUUGAUUGACAAAAACGGAGAUGACCCUGAUGGGUUAUACUUAUGGGAAAGUUUCGAUCAUCCCACAAAUGUAUUUCUCUCUGGAAUGAAACUCAAGACGGGUCUGCAACGGAGAAUUACAGCUUGGAAAUCUGAUGAUGAUCCGUCGGUCGGAGACUACAGUUUUGGCCUGGAACAGCCGGAAACAGGCGAGCUGGUUUUGAGAAAUGGGUCUGAUAUUAUCUCUCGUUGGGGACUUUGGGAUGAAAAAAGUUUCAAUUUUUCCGACUACUCUAACCCAAUCUUCCAGCCAGUCUUUGUUUCCAACAAUCAUUUAGAGGUCUACUUUUUGUUCAAGUCUACCCAUUUGAUGUUUCUAAUAAACCCACACGGCCAAAUUCAGUAUCUCAAAUGGAGCAAACAAAUCAAGAAAUGGGAAACAAUUAUGAGUCUUCCAAACGAUUCCUGCGACGAGUAUUCACGGUGCGGUCCCAACAAGAACUGCUACAUUACCGACAAUGGCGAACCGGAGUGCCGGUGUUUGGAUGGAUUUGAAGAGAAAUCAAACGGGUGCGAGAGGAAAUGGGAAGUGAAGGGGUGUGGGGAGGGAGAUUGGUUUGUGAAGGUUGGCAACGUGAAGUUGCCGGAUAAGGGGAGGAUGAUGAGAAUGGAGGAUGAAGAAGAAGGGUGCCAGGAGGCAUGUCUGAAGAAUUGCUCGUGCACAGGGUAUGCGGAAGUUGAUGUUGGUGGGAAGGGGAAUGAAUGUGUUUUCUGGGCUGGUGAUCUUUUCGAUUUGAGGAAUUACCCUCUCGGUGGCCAUGAUAUCUUUGUCAGAAUGGCUAAACAGCAACUAGAUCAUGGGAAGCGGGAGCUGGUAAAGUGGAAGAAAGUGAUCGCUAUCGUGGUACCAACAGUUUGUGGGAUACUUCUGAUUGGUAUCAUUGCCUGGUAUAUUAUUCCCAAGUUGAUUGCUUUUGGAAGAGAAGUUGCUAACGCGAUGUGUUAG